AUGCUGCAGGGAGGUUCCGAGAGACCUCCGCACAGUUCGCUGAGAUUCUUGAACGAUCUUCGACAGCUGCCUGACGAUAUCGAGGACAACUUCCGAGAGGUGAAGGAUAUCCUUGGGGAGCUCCUCCAGAUCAACCAGGAAUUGAAAGAAAAAAUACAAUCUUUGCAACAGUCACAGUGCUCGACCACGUCGGUCUCGGCCUUCAACGCGCGGGCGAGCAACAACAUCGCCGUCUACUACACACAGAGCUCUGCGAGCAAUAGCCAGACGGACCUCAGACUGCUCUGCGCAAAACCCGCCGUCGAUAUCAUAACCCUGCCGCUCAUCGCAACGCUCAACGGCCCCAACGGCUUCCCGACAUUCGCCAACACGACAGAUUGCCUUGGUCCGUCAGCUUCGCAACUUGCUGACGCACCCAACCUACGCGAUUGCUCGAACCUGGCCGAAACCAUCACGUACUGCCAAUCUCUCGGCAAGAAAAUCAUCAUCGGAAUCCUAGGCACUACUAUCGAGCCAUACUCCCCUGCCACCAAUAGCUCUACAAUCACCGCUCGCACCGCCUUCAACAGCUUCGACCAGAGACCCCACUCAGCCGUCAUGCUCCUAUCUCUCUUCGGCCCACCGUCCACCUCUUCCAGGCAACUCACACACCUCCGCCCCUUCGGCCCCAACAUCUCGGUCGAUGGCUUCGAUCUCGGGUUCGACCUCGACAUGACCGUCCACGGCAGCAGAACUUCCGCCGACUUCGUCGCCACCCUGCGCGACCACACCGCCCAAUCCGGCCAGGCCUUGUACGUCUCCGCCACCCGGCCCUGCCGGCGCCCAGCCAGCCCGCAGACCCUCGCAACCCUAGCCCUCGUCGAUUUCGUCACCGUCAUGUUCGCCCAUGACCCCGCCUGCAGCAUCGCCGGCCCGGGCUUCAACAUCUGGGACUGGAGCAACGACCUUCGCCUCGCGGCGGCUGAUGGUGCCGCCAACGGCUCGUCACAGGGCAACGGCACAGCGCCGCUGCGACCGAAGCUCUUCGCCGCCGCGCUGGCGUGGCCGUCGCCGGCUGCUACGGCGAACCGCACCCGAGAGGGCGAUCCGGAGUAUUUAGGUCAGAGCAUCGGGCAGAUAUGGGAGAGUGGGCGGUUAGGGAAUCUGGGUGGCGUUGCGCUGGUGGAGGGUGGGAGGGGUGUUGCGGGGGGAACGUGGGGGGAGGUUGGGGCGAGGAGUAUUGAGGCUGUUGAUGCUGCUAUUGAGGAGGACUAUAGGGAAAGGGGAAAGGAUGGGAAGGUAAUGGAUUUAUGA